AUGCAGACAAGGGACUUCAAGUACAUAGCCUCCCUCUUGCUCGUGAUCAAGAAGAUUAUGAAAGCUGAUAGGAAGGAUGUUCGGAUGAUCGCAGCCGAGGCCCCGAUUGUCCUUACUCGAGCAUGUGAAAUGUUCAUUUUUGAACUCACCCGUAGGGCCUGGGCUCAUGCUGUACAGAACAAGCGCCGUAUUCUUCAAAAGAACGAUAUUGCUGCGGUCCUCGCUAGAACGAAUAUGUAUGAUUUCUUGGCUGAGAGUAUGGAGGAUAUUGGAGGACCGUCUUCAACGACAGG